CCCCUCCACACCGAAGCGAGAGCAUCCCGGGCUGCUGCCGGGGGCAGUGCCCUCCGUUCGGCCAUUCCUUUAUCCUCCUCCCGCCUCGCUUCUGGGCUGGCCGGCACUGGGGGCCGUUCUCCGGCACCUGCCCCGGCUGCGGGACGGUCCCCCCGGGCUGGGGGCGGGCAGGGGCUCCCUUCGCUCCCUCCUCUCCUCCCUCCCUCCCUCCCGCUGCCGGCGCCGUCCGCAGGUGCCGCCCGCAGCCGCGGGGACGGAGGCGCCGCCGGCAGCCGGCUCCGGCCAGGGGGAUGCCGAUCGGGCAGAUGCAGUAAAGUGGGGAGAAGGAUUCAGAUGUAAGACUACAAACUGACCAUGCAUUGAUGAGGAAACAGCUGCAUGUCCUGACUCCCACUUUCACAUCUCUGCGCCUGAUUUGAAGUGACAGUGAGCGGAAGCAUAAGGUAUCUCUCAUUCUGUUUGGACUCCUUGUUUACAGAAGAGUGAUGGAGAUGCUAUUAAGCACAAGAGGCAUCACCAUAUGCCUGUUUUUCUUUGUAUUGAGUUUGGCAGCAGCUAUUGAAAUACCAUUAUCAGUUUCCCAGCUCCCAACAAUCAUGGAGCAAUCCCACACCCAGGUUGCCUACCCCUUUGACGAGGACUUCACCAUUAAAUGUGAAGCCAGAGGAAACCCCCAGCCCACCUUUAACUGGACUAAGGAUGGAAAACCAUUUGAUUUAUCAUCUGAUCCGAGGAUAGUUACAUCUAACAACUCUGGAACUUUUGUGAUCCAAAACCGGGGAAUCAUCAACAAUUUCCAAGGGAAAUAUCGCUGCUUUGCAUCCAACAUGCUGGGAACCGCCAUGUCAGAAGAAAUUGAGCUGAUUGUUCCAAGUGUACCAAAAUUCCCCAAAGAAAAAAUCGAGCCUCUGGAUGUGGAGCAUGGAGAUUCUGUGAUCCUGCACUGCAACCCCCCAAAAGGCAUCCCCCCUUUGCAUAUCUACUGGAUGAAUAUUGAUUUGCAGCACAUCCCACAAGAUGAAAGGGUCUCCAUGAGCCUGAAGGGAGACCUCUACUUCGCCAACGUGGAAGAAAGCGACAGCAGGAGUGACUAUUGCUGCUUUGCAGCCUUCCCGAGGCUCAGGACCAUCGUGCAGAAAAUGCCGAUGACGCUGAGGGUUUCCCGGUUAAAGCAUGCUAAUGACUCAGGCUCACCUAACGCUGCUGUUACUAAGGCAAAUUUUAUCAAGGAGAGGAAACCCAAACUGCUGAUCCCUCCUGAAUCUGCUGGCAGUAGCUCAUCAGUCACUGUCAUCAAGGGAGGUGUCCUGCUCCUCGAGUGUAUUGCUGAAGGGCUCCCAACUCCUCAUCUCAGCUGGGUAAAGGUCACUGGGAACAUGCCCAAGGACGAGCCAGAGACAGAGAAUUUUGGGAAGAUCCUGAAGAUCGACCAAGUGACAGCGGCUGAUGAGGGGACAUACCAGUGCACAGCCAGCAACCCCAUGGGCAGGGCCUGGCACGAGUUCCACGUGCAUGUGGAAGAGCCUCCCCAGUGGCUGAAGAAGCCCGAAGGUGGGGUCUACAGCGUGGGGACCAACCUGGUGCUGCUGUGCGAGGCCAUCGGGAACCCCGAGCCCAGCAUCCAGUGGAAGCUCAACGGGAUGCCCAUCGAUGGCAGGACUUUCCGAGGGAGAAUCUCCACCAGGGAGAUCAGCCUGACCAACCUGCAGCUGCAGGACAGCGCUGUGUUCCAGUGUGAGGCCUCCAACAAGCAUGGCACCAUCCUGGCCAGUGCCAACGUCAACGUCCUCAAUAUUGCCCCCCUGAUACUGACCUCAGAUGGGGAAAACUACGCCACGGUCGUGGGUUACAGCGCCUUCCUGCACUGUGACAUCUUUGCCUCACCUGCAGCAGAUAUCAGAUGGACGAAGGAUGACAGCAUAGAGCCCCUUUCGGCAUUCCGCUAUGAGUUAAACAAGAACGGCACACUGGAGAUCAGGGACACAAAGAAGGAGGAUUCGGGAUCCUACGCCUGCUGGGCUGCAAAUUCUGUGGGGAAAAGAGCAAUCACUGCUAAUCUGGAUAUAAGGGACGCUACAAAACUUGUUGUUACUCCGAAGAACCCCCGAGUGCUGAAAUCACAUUCAAUUUUAUUGAAAUGCCAGGCUGAGUACGAUUCCCACUUGAAACACAGUUUUAAAUUAUCCUGGAGGAAGGAUGGAGAUGAGCUGCCAGUCAACAGCACGGAGGGUGGCAGGAUAGUCCUGGACAAGGAUACCCUGUUCAUAUCCAGCGUGCUCCUGGAGGAUCAGGGAGUUUACAUGUGUGUGGCCAGCACUGCCCUGGACACUGCCAAGGCCGAGGCGCAGCUCAUCGUUCUGGAUGUUCCUGACCCACCAGAAGACCUCCAGCUCUCGGAAAACCAAAACCGGAGCGUUCGACUCUCCUGGAAAGCUGGGGCCAGCCACAACAGCCCUGUUAAUGAAUCAAUUAUAGAGUUUGAAGAGAACCACUGGGAGCCGGGGAGGUGGCAGGAGCUCAGCAGAGUGCCAGGGGAUGACACCACGGCCCUGCUGUCCCUGGCCCCGUAUGUGAAUUACCAGUUCCGUGUGGUGUCCGUGAACGCCGUGGGCAGGAGCCAGCCCAGCAAACCAUCCCUGCGUUAUGCAACCCCUCCAGCUGCUCCAGAUAAAAACCCAGAGAACAUCCGAGUCGAAGCUUCCGAGCCCAAUGAGAUGGUGAUGAAAUGGGAGCCGCUGAAGCCCAUGGAGAGGAACGGGCCAGGGCUGGAGUACAAAGUCAGCUGGAGGCAGCGGGGCGUCGAGACCGACUGGAACGAGGAGCUGGUGAAGAAACACUCCCUGAGCGUGAGGAAUGUCCCCACCUUCGUGCCCUACGAGAUCAAAGUCCAGGCAGUGAAUAAUUUAGGAUCUGGCCCAGAACCAAACAUCACCAUUGGAUAUUCAGGAGAGGAUGUUCCAGAUGCUGCUCCUUCGGGCGUGUCGGUGGAGGUUGUGAACAGCACCCUGGUCAAAGUCUUCUGGUUUGGGAUACCAAGGGACAGAGUUCGUGGGCACUUAAGAGGCUACAAGGUCAGCUGGUGGAAAACAAAAAGCAUGCUGGAUGGGAAGAGGCAUCACCCCGAGAAACACUUCCUAACGUUUGUAGGAGACAGGAACUAUGGGAUGAUUCCUGGCCUGGAGCCCUUCAGUGAAUUCCGCUUGACAGUUUUGGCUUUCAACUCCAGAGGAGAUGGCCCCGAGAGCUCCCCCGUGGUGUUUGAAACUCCAGAAGGAGUCCCUGAACAACCACGUUUUCUCAGGAUCCUGAACUUUGACCAGGACUCGGUCACUCUGUCCUGGGGACUUCCCAAGAAAGCCAAUGGCCAUCUCACUGGCUACAUUCUGCAGUACCAGAUAAUCAACGAGACGCACGAGGUGGGCCCCUUGAGCGACGUGAGCAUCACCAACCGCUCGACGCUGAGCUGGCGGCUGGCGGGGCUCAGCCCCAGCACCAAGUACAAGUUCUACGCCAAGGCCUGCACGGCCAAGGGCUGUGGGAAGGCGGCCACCGAGGAGGGGCUGACGCUGGCCCAAGGCAGUAAAGGGAGCAGCAAGAUUUCAGACGCACUAAAGCCCACCCCAAAGUUUCAGCCCAGCGAGGCCCUUGAGCCUGGCACUGAGUACACAAUCCGCCUAGUGACUAAGAACUGGGUGGAUAACAAUAGCAUUUUUGAAGAUGUAAUUGAGACCAGGGGGAGAGCCUACGCUGGCAUUUACGAUGGGAUUUCCACCCAGGGCUGGUUCAUUGGGCUGAUGUGUGCCAUCGCCCUGCUCACCCUGCUGCUGCUGACGAUUUGCUUUGUCAGAAGAAAUAAAGGAGGCAAAUAUUCAGUGAAAGAAAAAGAAGAUUUGCAUCCAGAUCCCGAAGCUCAAUCAAUAAAAGAUGAAAUCUUUGGGGAAUAUAGUGACAGCGAUGAAAAGCCGCUGAAAGGCAGCCUCCAGUCACUUAACGGGGACAUUAAAGCCACUGGAAGUGCUGAUAGUCUGGUAGAUUAUGGAGAAGGGGAGCAUGGCAUGUUCAAUGAAGAUGGUUCAUUUAUUGGAGCUUAUUCUGGAUCUAAGGAAAAAGGAUCAGUGGAAAGCACUGGGAGUUCUACGGCAACUUUUCCUCUCCACGCCUAAAAUGAUUGGUGUUUAAUUGUGAUAUUUAUCCUGGGUAGCUCUCCACAGUCACCACGUGUGCUCGGGAGCAGGUUGCCAAUUGAGCCAGUCAGGAAAAAUCCUGACAUCCAGGUAAUACAAAAACGAGUCACUGCCACUAAAAGAUGAUUUCUCCAUGCUAAUUUCUAUGUGUUUCCUUCUCAAUAAAACAAAAAUCAUUCUUUACACGAUGUGUAAACCCUCUGAGCAACCCAGAAUUUCUCGAUGGUGCAUCUGUAUCCUUACCUGCUGCUCCAGGUGUUCCUUAGGCUUGGAAUAUGUUUCUCUGUGUAGGAUUUUUUCCCUGUAUGGCUGUGUGUGGAAUUCCCUCAUGGCCUUGAUUUUAACCUCGAGGUUGUGGCACAAACAAAACCAACAGGUUACUCUGCAAAGUGACACAAUGAGGGAAGAGAGAAUUGAAACGACCAGAGAAAUAUAUUCUAUAUAUUGUAUAAUUUUUCCUAAAGAAUUAAACCCCUUGGUGUAUGAUACUCAAAAAACUGUUUUAGUGGUUACAGCUGGCUUAAUUACCAAUACUUAGAGAUGCAGCUUCACCCACAGCAAAGUGUGGGUGAAGCUGCUGCCCAGUAGCUGGCACUAUUUCCUUAAAUAAGUUAAGCUGCAGCUCUUUCCUGUGGCAAGGCAAAACAGGGUUCCCAUCCACCAUCACUCGAAAUAUUUUCAUUUUUCCCCAGCUGCAAGCUGCAUUUCUGAGCAAACUCCUUGGUGUCUGUCUCAUAUCUGUAUAUUUGUGAGCUAGCAAACAUCCCGUGGAGACGUUGUACAUAUGAUAUUAAUAUUGACACAAGUCCAGAGCAGCCUGGUUUUAUUUUGAACUGAGACAUGUUGCUAGCAUGGGUCUGUAUAGCUGCGUAGGAAUGAUAGAAUUGCUUCUCAGUAUGGAUUUGGACCAGCAGAAUUAGUUUUCAGAUGGAGUUGUAUGUUUAGGAAUCAUCCAAACCUCACACCAUUCAAGCAUCACCUAAACUGGACCUACCUGACUUUCAAGAGUUCAUUUAUUUUCAGCCUAUUCACUGUUAAAUAAACAAAGGCAAAAGCAAAGAGAAAAUAUUAUGGUAGAGUUUCUUUUCUAUUUUGUUGGCUGAAUGCUGGUUUAAAUCUGGUUCUUUGCCUCUCCAACACUAAAUCAGCCGAGCUGUACAGCACAUUUUUUUGGUCUUUUUGUAUUGGAAUCUCCUGAAUCUCUUUUUAAUAGCAUUUUUAUUUCUGAAUCUGCUUGUUUGAGUAGAGCAUCAAUGUGGCUUCGUUUCUUCUUGCACUUCCAAAUGGCUGCCACUCCAUUAUAAAGGUUUUUAAGUAGUUCCUGCAGGAGGAAUAGAUCCUAAAAGCUGUUUGGCAUCCUGAUAGCAAUUAGGCAAAUAUCCCCAAUGGCUCCUUCACGGGCUCCAUGAUUUCAAUGGAAGGAAGAGAGGAAGCAAGAAUUACUCCCGUGGUUCUGAGUUCCCAGCAAGGGCUACAGUGAAGCCCAGGGAAAUGCAGCUUUUUCCCAGUGGGAAGGCUGUGGAUCACACACAGGGCUCCCCUCAGGCUGGGGCUGCUCCUCAGAGCUUGGCAGUUUCUGGAAGCCUUUGCUGCUUGAUGCUUCUGCUUAUCUGUGCCUCUUCUGGGGUUUUUAACAGGAGCUUUCAGGGCUUUUCAUGUAACCUCUUUUCGGGAAAAGCAAACCCCAAAGAGCCACCCCAAAAGCUCCAUUCAGGCUGUGCCUGUGAGUAUAAAAUGAGUGGAAAUCUGCCCUCAAUCAAAAAUCAUUGCAUGCCAUGGCAAUGACCCACAUCAUUCACUUUUUAUAAAGUUAUAUUUUCUGUAUUUUGUUCAAUCCAAACACUGAAAAAGUCCAAAAGCCUUUUAUUUAAUUCUGGGGGGAAGUAAUUUUCCAAAGAAGGGAGUGCACAAUUAGAGAAAUGUGAAAAUUGGCAUCUCAUGAACAGAGACAUUUCCCAGCAGCAUCUUUAUCUGCUGACUCGUGUCUGCUGCAGCCCAAACCAGAUAAAAUCUAAGAACUGAUUAGCCUUGUGACAAUCUGCUGCUUGCUUUGGGCUGGUUUUAGUGUGUUUCUUUUAGGAAUCAUCUGCAAUGAUCAAAGGUCUUUGAAAAGGGAACAAAAUUAGGGAAUAAAAUUGGGGUGGGCUUGAAAAAGGAACAAAGUUAGGGAGUAAAAUUGGGGUGGGCUCCCCCAAACCCUCACGCUGGGCUGGGGGGGCUGUGCCUGCACACACCCAUCCUAUCUUCCUGUGGGUCACUGCAGAUAAAGCAGACCCCUCAUCCCAGAAAAUGCCUCUGUUGAACAGACCCAAAUUUCAGACCAUAUCAGUGAGUGUCAGAUGAUCCUGUGAUGGAUGUAAAUCCCCUGUGCAGCUCUUGCUGCCGAGGUGUUUGUGCCAUCCCUGUACUGUGCUGCUCAGCCGUGCUGCUGGCGCCGCUUUUCCCACUCCAAUUUUAAUUCACAGCCCUAAAUCUUAAUGUUGGUGUUCCACGAGGCCUCAGGAUCUAAAAAUCAAACAGGGAGGAAAAGAUGUGCAAUGGAACCUGGAUUUCUGAACAUGGAUUUUGAGGAAUAUGCCCAAUGAAUAUUAAACAAGUGGCUCAAACUCCCAGGAAAUCUCACUCACCUGAGCUGUUUUCUCUUCCCCAGUCAUUUAUAUUCCUUUUUCUCUUGCACUGGGAUGUUUUCUGCUGUAAAGGCACCCUGGAAAGUGCAGGACAUUGGUGGUUUUUUAGAGAUUUUUUUUCAAAAGUAGAUCAACAGAGCAAGCUGAGGUUUUCCUGAGGAGUUUUUUGUCAUUGCAAGGAGCUGGGCUGGGGUUUUGUCUUGGUCUGUGACAGAUGAGAGGAAGUGUGACCACGUAGCUCAAUAAAAUGUGCCACCAAUUGUCCCUGAGUUGGAAGGGACCCACAAGGUCAUCAAAGUCCAGCUCGUGGCCCUGCACAGGACAGCCCCAAAAAUCAUACCCUGUUCUGAAAUAGUGCACUGAGUAUUAAAUCCUUUGAGCUCCUUUGUUUGGGAUUUUUGGGGAUUUUUUUUUUUUCCCCCUCUGGCCAGGAGUGUUUAUUAAAAUCACCUGCCGGAAAUCUGUGGUGAAUUCAUUAAUUAAUACCUAGCAGGGAAUUCCAGGCUGCCUGCUGGGAGGAGGAAGUCCAGCCAUGGGAGCAGAACAGGGAAUUAUCAAUUACGAGUUAUCCCAGGCCAUGGCUGUGCUUGGGUUCUGUUUGGUUCUGACAGCUCAGGACAUUUUGGCUCAGUCCAAGUGUGAGAGGGAAAAUGACACUUUCAGAUUUGAAAUCCCAGUCGACCCAGGAUGUAAUUCCAGCCAGCAGGGAGGAGGCAUUUCCCUGGCCCCAUGGAUCCGGGUUUGGGGGUCUAAGCAGCCUCUGGAAGAAGAGAGGGAUGGGUCUUGCUGACAAAGUUGUGCAGUUUUGACUGUGCAUGAGAUUAAACAAAUAAAAUCAGCUCUUCCUAAAUAAUGGGAAAAAACCCCUCUGUCCUUUCUCCCAAGGGAACUGUUUGAAUUCCCAGAGCAGCAUAAUAUUGAUUUGGUGUGCAUUAAUUUUUCUCUAAUUUAUAUAUAUAUAUUUAUAUGUAAAAAUGUAAUUACACAAUCAAGAACUUCCAGGAACAGCACCAGCUUCCUUCUUUGGCAAAAUUAGGGGAUCCAAUCUCAUGGCUCUGCAUUCCAGCCAGUAAAAAUACAGCACUGGGCAUCCAAGCCCUGCUGGGGCUGGAAUGUUAGGAAGAGCAGAAUUAGGAAUCAAAUCAGAAAAUGGCUUUCCCCCUCUGGAUAAAAUCGUGUGUUCAUGUAUAAAAAAUUAAAAAUUGUGACUCACAUCUUAAAUUGAUCUAAUUAGCAAAUCAUUUAAUGACUGAUAUUUGUUCUGCUGUGUCCACGUUACACCAAUUCCAGUGAGUAGCUCUUUUCCUGGUAACUGCUUCCAUUGACUGAAUGGCUCCAAUCCAGUGCAUGAGAGUUUUCAUCAAAAUUUUCAGGCCAAUAUUCUUUUUGAGAUGAAAACAAAUAGUAGCACAAUCUUCCUAUAUUAAAAAAAAAAACAACAAACCAAGGUGGGGUUUUUAAACAGUAAUUCCACAUUUUGUAAAGAAAACUUACGAAAAAUAUUUACUGCUCCUUGAGCUUCCGAAAUGAAACCUCAGCAUCAUUUUUCAUAGCCAUGAUAUUGCAGAUGAGAGGUGUAUUUAGGUUAUUUUACUCACCUGUAAGAACAGAUAGAAAGAAAGGAAAUUCUUCCUGGAGAAUUGCCUUUGUUUGCCAAUGGAUCACGCCCUUGGCUGCACCUCUGUCAAUGUUGAUGACAAAAUAAAAAGGUACAAACCACGCUGGAGUAGCAGGACAUGUUUACAUUGCAGCUCUGGAUCUCUCAUGUAAAAUCUCAAGUGAUCUGCACUGAUUUGUUCUGUUUUCAGGCAGGAGCCCCUUGGCGGGUUUGAGCCAAAGCAUUCUGUCUGUUCAUUUUUUAUUGUUAUGGUUCUGACUUUAAACAAGAGACUUUGUAAUUUCAUGAGAAAAAGAUCGAAGCAAAUGUGGUGUCACCAUCACAAUGUUACAUUUUUGGGGAGCUAAAUGUUAGUGUGCAUUGAUUAAAGUUUAGAGAAACGUGUUGUACCGUAGUUGCUGUUUGUACCACGCAGAUGUGCACGUAUGGUUUGAAAAGAUAUUUUCAUUUUACAUGAAAUACAACUUUGCUAAUAAAAGUUUGACUUGAUGUAAUCUUCAAAA